ACAGUCAAUCACGGAGCCGGAGCUCCUUUAUCAUCCUCAACCUGGCCUUCACCAGCACUGACAGGGAAUUCCACGCCGCACCUCCCAAAAACAUGUCUACUAUUUCCUCUCCUCGCCUAUCUAUUACCUCUUCGCGAGCUACUCCGACAUCCUCGCGCCGCCCUUCCAUCGAGAACCUGACGCCCAACAAUAAUGUUAGUGGACUCGGUAUCAGCAAUGCCGCCUCCUCAAAGCGCGCAGUAUCUCCAGCUCAUCGCCGAAACCGCGCCGCGUUACGGGAUUACUACAACAUCAAGUCUGAUGGAGGCAAUACACCAGUGUCGCCUAGCGGUGCGCCGCGGUCGACCGGUGCAAAUGAGCUGUCAGGGCUGCCUAUGGCCACAGUUAGCUCAGAGCUAGAUGGACCUGGUUUCAAUGCACAGCAGUAUAUUGAUCAACUUUUAAACACUUCAUCGCUCUCGACAGUCUUAAAGGCAGAGAAUACCUUGGUUGGGGACAUUGGAACCCUGGACGGCGAACGGAAAGCGCUUGUGUACGAUAACUAUUCAAAACUGAUCCGCGCAGUUGAGACGAUUGGCACAAUGCGACGGAGUAUGGAGGAACGAGGCGCUCCAUUGACUAUGACGAAAACACUUGGUCCGGCUGUUGCGUUUGUGGCCGAAACUGCUAGUGGGUUGAUCAAAGAGGGUGAAGACCUCCGUCGCAGGGUCCAGGAGGCCAAGAGCAAGGCUAUUGGUAAUAAGUCUGCUGAGCAGAGCACUGUGGAAUGGGCCCUGGGGACUCCAGACCGGCUGCGCAAAUAUUUGAGUGAGGACAACAAGGCCGAGGCGCAGAAGGACUGGACAGAAAUCGACGGUCUUUUGAGUUCUUGGAAAGAUGUGAAGGGGGUCGCGGAAUUGAGAGCUGCUUGUGAGGAGAUUAUGAAGGAUUUUCGCAAAGAUUCGACGGAGUGAGAAUAAUCUUGACAGGAAAAUCUUUAUAUGAAUCCUUUCUCAUCUACAGCGCUUCCGUUCCUGGACUGUCUCCGCCAGACGAACGAGACCAAUGCCAAUAUGCCUACCAGUCUUUUACUGACUACACACGCCAUGGGUCCCAGGAAG